AUGCACUAUUUGUACUUCUGGGUAUUUCCUAAUGAUAGCAACGGAGAAAUAGCUUGUAUCUGUAACUUUUAUUUAGCUUGUGUUGACUCGUGCAUAGACUGUGAGCCAAAUCCAAAUUGUUUCAAGUUUGCUAACUUCGUCGUUCAUGAUGGGGAUGCUUGCAGAGUCUAUCCAGCCGGGUACAAGCUAAGUUUCAGCGAUCGUUUUAUUAUUUUUGAUUUGGCUCACUCCAGUUCGAAAAUAUUCUAA